UUGGAAAGGUGAAGGUCCGAAUAGCUGGAAAGUUAAAGGUCCCAAUAGGUAGAAAGUCUUAGGUCAACACAGUGACAUUUUUGUGCGUACAAUUGACAGAGCCCAGAAUUUGCAGUUUCACAAAACCAUUGAUUUGUUAAAACUACUCUACUAGAUCAGGUAAUAUAAGUAGCGUGGAGGAGAAUCAUCAACAUCGAAGAUGCCCAGUUGGCUAGAGACUCAGCAUUCGCUUAAAAAGAGACUGAUCGACGAGGAUGAUUUCGAAUGGCAACUACCCACAUCAUCAAGAAACAGAUCCAGUGUUGAAAGACAUGGUCAUCAGGUGGUAUUGAGGUAUGUGGGUGGAGUUGAUGUGAGCUUCUUGAAGGAAGACCCUUCUAUUGCCUGUGGGAUUCUCGUUGUUUUGGACCUUCAAACUUUCCAAAUUGUUUACCAGGAUUACUCUCUUGUCCGUCUCCGAGUCCCUUAUAUCGCUGGCUUUCUUGCCUUCAGAGAGGUUCCAAUACUUUUACCACUUAUUGAGAAGAUGAAGAACAGCCAAAAUCCUUACUACCCACAGGUGAUAAUGGUUGAUGGCAAUGGAAUGCUUCAUCCUCGAGGUUUUGGUUUGGCUUGUCAUCUGGGCGUUCAGGCUAAUCUUCCCACCAUUGGAGUUGGAAAGAAUCUGCAUUAUGUGGAUGGUCUUAAUGAAGAGGAAGUGAUAAGGCUUCUUCAAGCUGGAAGAAGAAGCGGUGAAGAUUUUGUUAAAUUGGUGGGAGACUCUGGGCGCAUAUUGGGAGCCGCAAUGAGACCACCUAGAGGCUCACAAGAUCCUAUAUAUAUUUCAAUUGGUCACCGUGUAUCACUAGAUACUGCCAUCAAAAUUGCCAAAAUAACUCGCCAGUAUCAUUUACCAGAGCCUGUCCGACAGGCUGAUUUAAGAUCAAGAGACUACAUCCGUGAGCAUAAACCAAUGUUGUUAAAUCUGGCAAAUAGUACCUGGAAAACUACUGCUGCUAUUGAUCUGUUCAACGACAUGGCCAGUUCUGGUGUCCUGGAGUUUCCUAUAUACAAAGAUGGACUGGAGAGCUUCUGUAGAUGGCACUUAACAGAUUUGCACACAACUGAUCAAUGUGACAUGUUCAGGAGUUUCCUAAUCAAGAAAGUUUAUUAUGAGAAAUUCGCUCUCACUGAGCAACAGUACUUUGCCAUGGGGCUUGAGGACUUCCUUAUUUCCAAUGGAAAAAGACUGCUCAGAUUCUUGAGAAACUAAGCAGAGAUUAAUUUAGUUAAUUGGCUAACAAAGUUGACUAGUUUACAGAGAGCUGCUUGCUUGCAUAAAUUCAUGUAUAUAUAGGCACUAGAUGAAUUUCAAAAGAACCAGAACUUCUUAUGGCGCGCAAGUGAAAAACAUAAAUUUGGAGGUGUUGAGUGUUUUAGUGAGUGUCAAAUUGAAAUGUCAAUGAUUUUACA